CUAGAUUCUCUAGAAUAUCACACUGGCCAAGACACAAAACAUCAUGAAGUGGCUGAUCCUGGUACUGGUCUGUCUCCACCUGUCGGAGGGGCUGGAGAGAGUCAUUCUGAAGAAAGGGAAAUCCAUUCGGGAGAACAUGAAGGAGAAAGGAGUGCUGGAGGAAUUUCUGAAGAAAAAUUACGUUGAUCCUGCAGCAAAAUACCACUUGAAUGAAUACAACAUUGCUUACGAACCAAUAACCAACUACUUGAAUUCCUUCUACUUUGGACAGAUCAGCAUUGGGACUCCACCACAGGACUUCCUUGUUGUGAUGGAUACUGGCUCCUCCAAUCUCUGGGUACCAUCUGUGUACUGUAGUACAGCAGCCUGUGAAAACCACAAUAGAUUUAAUCCCAGUGCAUCUUCUACAUACUACAACAAUGGACAGACCUAUACUCUCUACUAUGGGAGUGGUGACUUGACCGUCAUGCUAGGCUAUGAUACUGUGCAGGUCCAGAAUAUUGUCAUUCAAAACCAGGAGUUUGGCCUGAGUGAGAAUGAACCUGCCACUCCCUUCUACUAUGCCAAUUUUGAUGGGAUUUUGGGCAUGGCUUAUCCUGCCUUAGCUGUAGGGGGGUCAUACACAGCCAUGCAGUCAAUGAUGAGGCAGGGGCAGCUCUCUGAACCCAUCUUCAGCUUCUAUUUCUCACGCCAACCAACUGUUCAGUAUGGAGGUGAAUUGAUCUUAGGAGGUGUUGACACUCAACUGUACUCAGGAGAAAUUGCCUGGGCACCCGUCACUCGUGAGCUUUACUGGCAGAUUGGUAUUGAGGAGUUUGCCAUCGGUGAUGAGGCUACCGGCUGGUGCAGUGAAGGCUGCCAAGGAAUUGUAGACACUGGCACUUGCCAGCUAACUAUCCCUCAGCAGUACAUUGGGACAUUCCUGCAGGCUAUAGGAGCUGAACAAUACAAUGGAGAGUAUGUGGUGAACUGCAACAAUGUCCAGAACAUGCCCACCAUCACCUUUGUCAUUAACGGAGUCCAGUUCCCACUGCCUCCCUCUGCCUAUAUCUCUGAAAGCAAUGGAUACUGCAUAGCUGGAAUUGAGACCACAUACUUGGCUUCCUCAAAUGGGCAGCCCCUAUGGAUCCUCGGUGAUGUCUUCCUUAAGGAAUAUUAUUCUGUCUUUGACAUGGCUAAUAACAGGGUGGGCUUUGCACCAUCGGCUUAGACAGCACAAAGGCCAUUCCCUUUUUAGCCUACUGCUACUGUUCUCUUGGACUCAAAAGAAGCAUAUUAAAUUAUGUUUGAAGGAACAUUGCGGUUUCUGGAUUUUCUGUAGGCUGCCUGUCCCGGUUUGUAUGUCAUCAGUUCUCUUGGGAGCCAUUGAAAUGGGGAGAUAAGCUCCAAUUUGCCAGAUUGUAGCCUCCUCCUCCCCAACACAACUGCACUCUGCCCUGGAAGAAGCAUACAGUAGUAGCCCUCUGGCAGGCUGGAAGGAGCCAGGUUUGAAUAGGGACGACCCUCCCUGUGCACUUUCCUUGCUAUUGCAAGCACUGAGUGCUUGUGAGAAACUGAAUUAGAUCACCUAAGCAAUCUUAAGCAAAAAGAUACAUUUUAAAUACUUGAUUGAAUGUCAGAACGAAGGGGCCAAGCUGGAAUGUUAACUGCAAGAGAGUUCCACUAUUCCACCCCAAAGGCCCUGUCUUGUGUGCUCAUCAACCUAUCUGGUUUUCACAGGCAAGCACACAAACAGCAGAUCUUAUAUUAUGGGUUGG